CCCAAGGGACAUCGGGAGGAUGUCUUGUUUUCCCUGCGAGCUACCGAAGAGGAAGGUUUUCGAACCCUUUCUCGAUCCAAAGGAAUAAGACAGAAGAAACCCACCUUGUUUUAUUGUGGAAAUAUCAGCAGUGGUUUCAUUACAAGUUCUGCACUCAAAGUUGUGAAGACGAGUUCCAAAAUCACCUCUUCGGACGGCAUGGACGUCCGCCAUCUUGUGGGCGUGGUCCUGACGUGUUUGGGACUGGCGCUCUUCCUGGGAGGAGUCAUCACCCCCGUGUGGGUGUCACUCCAGCCCGGCAUCUGGCCCCCCUGUCACGGCAACACUACCGAGAUGGCCGUGGGCACCAAGGGCCUUUGGGAGGAAUGUUCGAGGGUAAAGCUGAAGGGACAACACAAAUGUCCUGAGGAUAAGUUAAAGGAAAAACCCGAGAAUUCGAACGGAGCAGGACAACCAAGUAGUUCGAACGGAACAGGACAACCAAGUAGUUCGAACGGAACAGGACAACCAAGUAGUUCGAACGGAACAGGACAACCAAGUAGUUCGAACGGAACAGGAAAACCAAGUAGUUCGAACGGAACAGGACAACCAAGUAGUUCGAACGGAACAGGACAACCAAGUAGUUCGAACGGAACAGGGCAACCAAGUAGUUCGAACGGAACAGGACAACCAAAUAGUUCGAACGGAACAGAACAGCCAAGUAGUCCGAACGGAACAGAACAGCCAAGUAGUCCGAAUGGAACAGAACAACCAAGUAGUCUGAAUGGAACAGAACAACCCAGCACUUCUGAUGGAACACCAGAACACCCCCGGUGUCCCAAUGGAUUGGGACAGCCCAUUUGGACAUAUAUAGGCAUGAAGGGACACACACAUGCGUUUCAACUGACCCGGUUCUCAGUCGUGCUGGGCCUCAUGCUCCUCCUGCCGGGCGCCUUCCUGGCCGUCACGGCGGCAUGCAGGGGCGAACUGGACUCUGAACUGGACGGGCUGGAGAUAUUCACCACGCUCAUCAUUCUUGGAGGUGCCUUUGGUGGUAUCGGUGCCCUGUGUUACACAGUUGACUACAUCACGUCCCACGUCAGCACCCCUCUCGGCGUGUCCUUCUACCUGACGUGGAUACAGACCGUCUUCACCGUCACGGGGGGCGUUCUCAUCUGGCUAAAGCCAACAGACGACAUGGUGUCUGUGUAAUCAGUAUUCGCCUUGCCUUGUUGUAUUACUACAGCCAUCUGAGUAAGACUUAGGUCACAUUUCCUAACCGGAACCCGGCCAGGCUGUUUGUGCAAACGAAAAUUAAAAAUGUAUGCGUAAAAAUAUACACAUAUAAUGCCUACGCCUAUUCUCUUAACGUGUACUUUGUGUACUUUGGUGUCUUUUAUAUCGUACUUUUCAUGCCCGAAAGCUGCUCGGCCGGACACCGAUUUCGAAGUGUGACGUAGGCCGAAUGAGGCUGAUAUAACGUGCUUGAUGCACCCCCUUGAACACGAUUUUGUUUUGUUAUUCAUCCAUCCCGUAACACGAAUGCAGUUCCAACUGUCCUGGUAAUUCUGACUGGUCUUCAUUUCACUGCAACCUAUGUGCCGCUGCUAACAGAUGUGGUCCCAAACGUUAAGUAUUUACCGCAUUAGCUAUCUAUUUAUACAUCAAAAUAUGGUACGUUUGGCACCGCAUCUGUAAGCAGCGACACCUAUGCUGCAGUGCAAUGUGAACCAGUCGGAUUGCCCUGAAGAAAGUGACACACGGUCACACCGGUUGGAUUACACAUUUAGUUCUGUACAAAGACGUUUGUUAUCUAAAUAUAUGAAUUUUUAAGAAGGGAUUUCGAUAAUGUACUUUUUGAUGCAUCACAUGCCAUUAUAAUGGCAAACAGUUUGUAUUUGAUCUCAUUCAUAGCGAAGUUGUAAAGCAACAAUAUCAAUCAUG